GUCUUUUCUCCAGGAAAGUCUUCUUCUUCUCAAAUGUGGAGUACUUUUUGACUAGAAAAAAAUAUAUGUGAUUUUGAGAGGAGAAAUAAUCUAAGUAAACGAACCCGAACGACUUGAUUGCGAUUGGAAGCCCCUGUUUCAGCGGGCACAAGUUUUUUUUUUUUUUUUUUUUUUCUUUCCUCUCCUUCCCUUGUGUGUUUUUUAAAGGACCAAAAUGAAUCGGAGCUUUCAUCGGUCUCAACCCCUGCGGAACGUGGAUCUUAACGCCGUGGAGGUGAAAAGCAAGGUGGGUGUGAUGUACGGCGCCGAGUUCCGUCGCUUCUCUGUGGACCGCCUCAAGCCAGGCAAGUUUGAGGAGUUCUACAAACUCAUCCUGCACAUCCACCGCAUCGCCAACAUGGAGGUGAUGAUCGGGUACGCCGAUGUGCACGGAGACCUGCUGCCCAUCAACAACGACGACAACUUCUGUAAGGCCGUGUCCACUGCGCACCCCCUGCUCAGGAUCUUUAUACAGAGACAAGAGAUGGACUAUGCUAACUUUGGCAACAACACCAUCACCCGCAAGAAGAAGACUGUGGUCGCCCUGCGCAACAAUGACAUCAACCGCAAGAGGGCGCACAUCCGCAUUGGCAUGCCGCAAGACUUCCGGCCCGUCUCCUCCAUUAUCGACGUGGACAUCCUGCCGGAAUCGCAUCGCCGCGUUCGACUCUACCGCCACGGCUCGGACAAACCCUUGGGAUUUUACAUCCGUGAUGGAACCAGUGUCCGUGUGACACCCCACGGGUUAGAGAAGGUGCCAGGGAUCUUCAUAUCCCGGCUGGUUCCUGGCGGUCUAGCGGAGAGCACGGGUCUGCUUGCAGUCAACGACGAAGUCCUAGAAGUGAACGGUAUAGAGGUGAGCUGGAAGUCACUGGACCAGGUCACCGACAUGAUGAUCGCCAACAGCCACAACCUGAUCGUCACAGUCAAGCCCGUCAACCAACGCAACAACGUGGUGCGCAGCAGCCGCAUCUCCGGAAGCUCGGGCCAGUCGUCGGACAGCAGCGGGUCCACCGGAUACCCGACACUGUCUGUGCCCCCGGGGGGAAUGCUGCCCUCGGGAGCUCAGGGUUACCAGGACGACCUGGAGAGCGAUGACGAGACUGACAUUGUCAUCGAGAGCAGCCUGAAGCGGCCGUCCCAGAGGUCUAAUGCUUCUUUGGCUUCCAGCGUGUCUCGCUUACACCACCAGCAGACGCCGAGCACUGCCGUUCCGGAUCCCGCGGCGCCACCCAGCCCUCCGUCGCGCCCCCCUUCGGUUGUAUCCACCGCUUCCUUUCACUCCCAGACGAGCCUCAACGGGGGGUCGCACCACCACCACCACCACCACCACCAGCAACACAGCAGCCUGAGCUACCAGCUCCUCAGAGACCUGAACCUCCAACACAGUCAGCCCAGCUCCCAGCUGCCCUACCAUAGCAGCAACCCGGCCCUCCGUCACAGCAAUGGGAGCCUGCACAAAAUCCUCAGCUCGCUGAAAACGGACCCACGGCACAGCCUGGCCCUCCCCAGGGGAGGAGUGGAGGAGGACGGCACCGUCAUCACGCUAUAAUACCCGCAGAUAUCCCGCUCAGACAGGAUAAGGCCAUGGACCACCGGCUCAAUUUCAAAGACUUUUGUUAUCCCCCCCCCAAGAUAAUUACUUUAAUAACAGGAAGUUGCACGCCAAGGAUCACGGAAAUUUGUCGUACUGUAUAUACACCUUGGAGUUUUUUAAAUGUUUCGCGUCUUAUGUCAAAAAAUGUAUGUAUGUAAUAUGCGUCAGAACAAGUGAUGUUUUUUUUUUUUUAAACUUAAUGACCACUUUUAUCUAGCUACUUUUCUUCAUUCUUAAUACUGGGACCAAACUGGGGUUUUCUUAUGGACAUGUUUAUUGACAGAGUAAAUCUAUAUUUCUUGUUUUCUUUGAUGCAUAGAGUAUGCUUUUUAAUUGGUCUUUUUGACAAUUGUGAUGAAAUCCUUGUCUGUUCCAAUAAAUUAUUCAUUUUCA